AUGGGCAGCAAGAUGAGACGUGGUGACCAUCUUCCUGGAGGUCUUGGAUCCUCUCGGCACAUCCAAGAGCGUGGCAUUGACCCUCAGUUUCCGAGGAGGGGAUCCUACACUGACGUAACAUUAUUCGACAGUGGUGAAUUCGGUGGUUCCUACGGAGUUUCACCCGCUCAGCGGGGUGACAGAAAUGGAUCUUCUCGAUAUAGUGGUUCGCACCAUUUGCAAGCUGACAUGGAGCCUCAGUUAAUGAGAAAUACUGGGGAAAUGCUGGGUCACGGAGACAGUUUGGGCCCAGCGGACCCACAAGCCACCUACGAGUCCGAUGAAGACGUAGUUCUUCCGGAAAUGCGACCAUGUAGCGGUCCGGCCUGUUCUAAACCUGCCAUAAGGUCUAGGUAUUGUUCUGAAGAAUGUCAACUCCGCCAUGAAAGUAAUGUAAUGCAAAGGCCUCAUCCCGCUUCAAGGUUCAAUGGCGCGAAGGAACAAGUCCUGACUCCAUACGCCUUACCUUACCCGGACCACCUUUACUGCAAGCACCACCGAAUGCACAGCUCUCAGAGCUAUGGUGUGGACAUGAGCAUGCCUCUUCAUCAAAGUGGUUCAGGGAUGCAAGAUGUGAUUGAUAUAUAUCCGCCUUAUCAAAACCAAUUUGUAAGCAGUAAUCAAUCUGCAAAUAUGGAUUACAUGCCUGUGUAUGAUCAAAUAACGGGAAAUGAAAUUUCCGGACUUUCGAGCUACAGGCGGAUAUCGAGCUGCAGCGCAAAUCCAGUUAAUGACGAUUUUUCCCUGAACUUCAAUUCCUAUUCACAAGGCGGUCAUGUCUCAAAAAGCGGUAUUCCAGUUGGGCAUCCGCGCCAAAUUUCCGGGCUCGGUGGUCUUAAUGAACUGAGAACAGACCGAGGUCGGUCUCAUUUAUCCAACACCGAGCACCUCCCGGGUUCCAUGGUUGACUCUUCCACUCGGAGCGGCAACCGGAUCGUGCCGAUGUCGGGUCGACAGCAGCAAUUGGGCAACUCUGAUGUCUUGCCACCCGAACUCUCCCUAGAUGCGAUAACCCCUACCGUCCGCCCUAUUCGUAUGUACAAUGGACACAGCAGCGGCUCGCAUGUUGCUGCGGACUACAGGGGCGCCGGCGUUAACUCAGAUAUUUCCCAGGGCGACGCUGGUGCUGAACUCCUCUCUGCAGAUGCUACGGAUCUGCUCGACGUGGAUGGGAAUUCAUCUUCAGGAAUCGGGCCAGCGCCAUCCUCUGGCGCCUCCGCGUUUAGACAGGGUGACGACUUCUACAUGAUGAAUGAGAAUGAAAACAUGGAAAUAAAUUGGCCAACAUCACCUGGUGGUGUUGUAACGGCCUCGGCUGGUACAGCGUGA